CACACCUUGCCUCAACUACAAAAACAAUUUACUUACAGGUAAUUCUUCAAACGUGAAAAAACAUCAUAAUGCACACCUUGCCUCAACUACAAAAACAAUUUACUUACAGGUAAAUAAAUAAAACAUGUGUGAGACACUGCAGGCCCUGAAAGAACAGCUGACAGAUGUUGAAAAUGAAAGUACGAACACAGAAAGCGGAGAAGUGUAUGAGGCAGCAGAACCAGCAUUGUUAACCAUGCCAGUAGAGAUUAUUCUCAAGAUAUGCUCGUUUCUGGAUGCACAUUUCUUAAAGUACACAUUUAGCAGAGUCUGCAGUAGGUUUGCUGAUAUAUUGGCCGAUGAUCAUUUAUGGAAGUAUUGGGUCCACAACAAAAUUGGAGGCUGCUAUCCUGCUCUACCAAAUUUGAAAAUAUGGGAUGAAGUACAGAUAGAUUGGGAAGAUGUGUGUGUGGAAAUGGAGGUAGAGAAGAAGAAAUGGUCAAAUGUAAAAGACUCUAUGAGGCACAUUGUUGUCAAAGAUGUGCAUUUUGCCUCAGUUGACACAGUCCUAUUAGUUAAUAAUGGUGAAUUAUGUGUAUCAGGAGGAAGGGAUCGAGGAAUGGCUCUAUGGAAUGUAUUAAAUAUUAAACCCCAUGACCAAAGUGACAAUACUACAACACUAGUAGAUGCAAGGCCAAAAUAUAUCCGAGAUGCUCAUGCUGGCUGGGUAUGGGAUCUGGCUCCAGACAAUAUAGACUGUGCAUCUACUAUAUAUUCAGCUUCUUGGGAUAAUACAGUCAAAGCAUGGGACCUAGAAUGUGGAUUUGUGUGUUUUCAGACAUUCCGAUGUCGUAUGUCAGCAUUAUCAGUAGCAACUACUGAAAGUAUUGUUAUGGCUGGUUUAUAUUCUAAGAAAGUGUUAUCAUUUGAUAAACGUGCAGGAUCUGAUCCUGUAAGCUCCUAUAAACCCCACAGAGGACCAGUUUUAUCACUUAAUAUUUACAAAAGUAUGGUGGCAUCAAUAAGUGAAGACAAAACGUUAGCUAUCUGGGAUAGAGUUGCAGGCAAGUUGUUAGUUCAUGAUGUGAAGAUAACUGAGAAAGCAUAUCCUGUAUGUACUAGCUGGAACCAAUCAGCUAUGUAUAUAGGAGACUCUAAAGGAUGCCUACAUUUAUUCCACCCUGAAGAGUACAGACAUAUUAAAUCACUUGAACUGUGGCCUGAACCUCCUAUAACGAAACCUUCAAGUAAAAUAAUUGGUUGUUAUCAAAGUGCAGGCAAUAUGAUUGUAUGUUCAGACAGAGGAGAUAUUAAAUUCAUGUACACCUGCUAUCCACCUAAAGAGUAUGCUAGUGUGAAGACAACUACAUUUGAUGUCACUCAGUUGCGGUAUCUGAAUGACGUUAUGGUGAUCGGUACUUGCGACUCGGCCCUGGAGUUUUGGGUUCCAAAUGAAAGAUACAAUGAUCUUUGAUUUGUAUGUUGCUAUUUAUAUUCAGUAACAAAUCUAAGUAUACGCUUUUGUUAUUCUAAUAAUUAUUAAACAAGAUUUAUUGUUACCUAUACAUCAUAGUAAUACUGAUUUUCCAUUAAUGAAGUCUGAUGUAAGAGAUUUUAAUAAUUUAUUUUACAAUGUAUAUAGCUAACGGUCGUAACUAAAAUGUACAAGCACAAAUUAAAGUAUAAAGUAAUAUAGUAAUAAAAUAUACAAAUUACAAGAUCUGAAACACUCGACCAUCAGCCAUGUCAAGCAGCAAAUGGUAUGCAUGAUCGGAGUGAUAUGUUGCGCUACUGUAUGCGUCCAACGUACAGUCCGCAAGUUGUGAUUGCGCGCAUGAAAGUGGUUGCUAGAUGACACGAGUCGCCAACUCAGAGCAAUCCGCCCCACCUCUCAGGAUAUCUCACGUAAAGCCUAGUAUGUAAACACACAUAACACGGCACUUCCAGAAUUGAAACAGAUAACCGAAUAGUAAGAUAUACGAGUAAGAUAUUAUCCAAAUUUAUUUUUAUAUAAAAUCCUUGAACUCCUGCGCCUUCUAAAAACGUCUAGAAGCAAAGUGAACCCCUAUUUAUUUAUUAUUAUUAUUAGGGUGGCUUCAUUCAGGACCUGUGCAGUAUCUCAUCACUGUGAUCAGCAACUGAUUUAUUGUGAUCACCAUUAAUUACAACUUGGAACAGUACUAAAGAACUGAAGGAUUCUCCAGGCUUUUGUUGUUUUAAUAUCCUUUUGGCUAACGUGUUAAACUGUUCCGCUAGCCUGGUUAUGUUGUUGCUGUAUGUAUUCUGUUAUUCUGGUCAUAUUGUUAAUGCUUGCUUCCCCAGUAUAACGAGCGUUAACAUCCCACCAGAAGCUCGGCUUUUUGUCGUUGGGCGUAUCCCACAAAACGGGUCUGAUCGGCCGGGUGGUUAUUGUUCUUUCCAGAUACGUAGGCUGAGCAUACUAUUGUUGCUCCUUGGAGAUAAUAUAUGCUGUUUACAAGCCCUUGGUACACAAGUCUGGAACCUGUAUAAUGUAAAUGUUCUCGUUAUAACUCUCUCUUUUAGGGAUAUAGAUGGUAGCGGUCGUAGGCUUUGGAUAUUUAGUUUUUACCAAUUUUGUCUCAAGCCUGCGCGUCUGCACUGUCUUGUUUCUGACAAGUAAUUAUAAUCCAGCCAGGCUUGUGGAAGAAACCCAAGAACUUAGGCCCCUAACCAUGCGACGACGUGGUGAUGUGGACCAGACCCAUUUGCUCCACCGAUAUGGGUUCCGUAUUACCAAGAAUACCCAAGAGCAAGGAGCCCGCCAUUUCACUGAAGAUUCAUGUGUCAGCAGCCAGCAGGUGUCAUGGUCGUGCAAGCCUUCCUUACUUCGUCCUUCUGUACAUUACUGACUGGUCACGCUUUGGUUUGUCGAUCGGAAUUUCACUUCAAGGUUUUUCCGAGAGCAGAAAGGCUUCUUGAUAGCCCAUCCCGUGCUCAUCAGAUUUUCUAAACUCUUCCGACGAAACUCGACUCGAUCACCAGGGUCUCCAGAGAGAUCUCGAAUGCUAUUACUGGGUGGCUUAUCCAUCAUAGCCUUGGUUUCAUCCAGAGAUAAAAUUUAAGCAUUAAAAUUGAUGCUGUUGUCUAAAUCUACACAAUUCCGACAAGCAGCUAAGGAAGUAAAGGUCACGGACCUACAGAGCCCGCUUGCCGACCUAUGCAGAGUAGAUGUUAGCGACUCUACUCCAGUCUUUGUUACAAGGUAUAAGAAGCGGAUGCGAUGUGGUUCCCCCGAGGCGCCUAAGUAUCGAAGGUACACCGUUAGUACCUGGGCUCCGCCUAACCACGCGCAGACACGUUACGCAUAAAACAUUCCGGAUUGGGUGACGACUCUUUACCCAACACUCAGUGAAUACCUGGACAGAGCUCAACUAGAGACCAUUGGCUUCCAAACUUGCUAUUGCAUAGGACCGAAAGCCACUUGUACACAAGGAUACCUCCUUGUGUACAGUCGUCCUGACAUGACACUCCAAGUGUGCCCCUAACAAGUGCGCUAUGAAAGUACCUAAUUAGUAUUCUGUUUUUGACUAGAUCACGGAUGUGAUAGUAGAACCUUAACAAUCGUCCGAAAAAAAUUCCCAAGGUCUUAAAUAGCGAUAACAUUCCGUUAACCAACGGGAAAUAAGUGGCAAUCAUAAACUCACGUGAAGGGCAUUGUAAGACAUUUGGACAAAUUAAACAAUAAUUUGUUAUCAAUAAGUUGUUUUUUGUCAAACUGAGUGCUAAAUGAUACCUAAACUGUUUGACUCUUUAUUUAAUCAUGAUAUUAUAUCUGUGUAAAAUGAUUAAAUACUAACGUGGUUAUCGUAGGAGUACGAAUGUGAAAUGAAUUUCAAUUUUAUUCUAAUUUCAAUGCAAUUAUGAUAAUUUACAGACAUAAAUAGUCAGGAGCACGUCAAGUUUAACACAUGAGUAUAUCGUUUAAUCACUCUACGAUACUGUUACCUCCAUAAC